CCAACUGAAUCAGAGAGUUAACCGGAAGAUUGAUAUCCAGAAUCACCAGAUCUCUCAGAAACCACCGCCACCGCCACCGCCACCGCCACCAUGCCGUUGUUCUCUGCAUUGACCGACGACAUCGUCCUCAACAUCUUCGCCAAGCUGGAAGACGAUCCUCGUGAUUGGGCACGCCUCUCCUGCGUCUGCACCAGAUUCUCUUCUCUCAUCACCGAUUUCUGUUGGAAGAACAAGUGCUCUCGCUCCAUCCCUCCCGAUCUCCUCUCCGCCACCGAUCCGCCGCUCUCCCUGCACAAACUCUGCCUCUGCUGCCCCGGCCUCCUCCACGCCGGCCUCCUCUUCGACACCUCCGAUUUCGGUCUCGAUCGUGACCUCGGCCCCGACCACCACCACCACCAACAACAACCACUCACCCUCACACCACCGCCGCCGCCACCACCACCACCCUCUCAACAACCCGAAUCCUCCGGUUGGUCCCUCUUCGAUGACCUUUUCUACGACACCGUCUACGCCGCCUCUGAAUCCAUCCAACCACCACAACAAUCACAACCACCGCAACCCUCGUCGGAGGAGGUGGUGCGUCAGGGUGUUGUUGCGGAGGCGCGUGAGACAAAGAAGCGGAAGGUAUGCGGGGCGCGGGGGUCCCAUUUGGCUACCGGGACAUGGAACCUGAGCAGGGAACAAGGGAGCAAGCUUCUCGCGAGGCAGUUUCGCGAUGACUGUCUCUACGUCUGCGAUUGGCCUGGUUGCGUUCACUCUGAGGAGAAGAGGAAGUACAUGCUCUUCAGAGGGGUUUUCAAGAAUUUCAAACGGACGAGGGUUUGGAGGACCAUCAAUGAUGGGAAUCGGAGGAAGCUUGAUCUGCCAUGUGCGUUCUGCGCGUGUAAACACACCUGGGAUCUGCACUCUGCUUUCUGCUUGAGGCGGGGUUUCGGGUUUCAUGAUGAUGGGGAGCCUGUGGUUCGAGCAUUUGUCUGUGACAAUGGCCAUGUUUCUGGAGCUUGGACCGAUGUGCCCAUGUACGCUUGAUUGAUUGAUUUCAUUACUGGUUUUAUUGCUGUUCUGCAUUUCUGCAUUUAUCCAACUUUUCAUUCUUUCUUUCUGAGAUUUUCUCGGAAGAUUGUAGAUGUGAAAAUAGAAGGAAAAUUGUUAGAGGUUGUAGGAAUAAAAUAAAGGAUGGGGAGCAAUACCCUUGUUUAUGUUUCUUAGUUUUGCAUUUGGAUUCCAUUAUGUAUGUGAGUCUUAUCCCAAAUUUGUGUGAUUUAAGAGUUCUUCUAAGAAGAGAAUUCAAUUCAUGAGAAUGUAGCAGCAAUAGGGUAUGCUAAUGCUUCUUAGAUUGUGUAUUA